GGACAUCGCUUCAAAAAGAUAUCAAAACCUGCUCUACCAACACGGCUUUAGUUCCGAGCUCCGUUGUUUUCGGCAAGACUCACUGAUGAGCUCAGAACCAGGACGGAGUACGACCCUCAUUCCUCGCCAUGAGUUUGUGCAUCACCGAAAAAAGGAAGUCGAUGGUGUUCCUGAGUGCCGCGCGUUCACGGCUGAUGGUGGAGAUUAAGCUCGGAAUGCCCCGCAAGCAACUCACAACGCCGCAACAAUAUUCCUAUUGUACCUCCUCUUGCAUUAUCAGGACCUUGCCCAGGAAAAACCCUGGCAAAAAAAAUUCCGCAAUCGAUGCCAGGACCGUUGCAUGCGAUUUGGCGCCUGCUAGCGUACUCCCGCGUGCAGGUACCCUGGAAUGUCCAAAUCAUAGUUUAUAUGGACUAUCCACACUGUGGUACUCAGAUGAUGUGCGCGCCUAUGUCUGCGAUCCUUGUCGUUGUUGUUCAGCGUUGCUUCUUGGAAUGGCCGGAGAUGAAGUCGUACAGCAGACGCGUGCAUCCAGCAACGAGUUCGACAUUGAGCGACGAUCGGAAGAAGACAACACACGAAGACAAGCUUCGUCUGGAGCCGCGACAAGCUCUCCACCUGCAUAUCGACUGUACCAAGCUUCGGCUGGGCCUUCCCUCCACCUCAUAGCAGCUCCUUGGGUGAACCAUGGCCAGCCAAUGCUUUGCAGGGGUUACGCCACAAUCCAUCAUUCAGCCACGAACGCGUCUCAUUCAUCUAUUCGGAAGUGGCUAAGCUCGCAGGAGCACAGCUCAUUUUUUUCGUCAUUGCUAUCCGCGUAGUCCAUGGUCUGGCAGCGUAGAAUCCAGCACAACACGUAAGCUGCGGGUACUGCCGGUUUCAGAACAUCGACGACGACACUGUGAAACAAGAAACACUGUCAAACAGUCCAGACCGCAUUCUCGAAAGAUCCCAUGGAUGCUGGAGCAUUGCGAGACACUGGUUCGCGGAAAUGCACUGUUACUGCGCCCGUCAACAGGUGCCAGAUUAAUGACAGGCUCCAGAAGCCUCGCACGCAGCUGCGCGGCUUGCGCCCCUUCCAGCG